AUGCUUUCCGAAUCAUUCAUAGCGGCGACGCUGUCAUCCGCUAAAACUCCGACCGCCACUCUCAGGGAUGUCGGGAUUUGCGUGCAUGAAUUCCAGCCUUCGCCUCAGAUUCGCUCCACUUUCAAGAAGAGCUCUACUACUCCCAAUUGCUUGGCUGUGACCCCGUCGCAUAUUUUCACUGCUCAGGCAGACAAGGCUGUAGUUCAUGUCUAUAGUCGGGAGAAGGGAAACCAAGAAGCUUUGAUCCCAUUUCCAGAGCGGAUCCGCAGCAUUGCUGUCGCGGGCACCAAAUAUGGAGACGUUCUAGUACUAGGUACCGAGGGCGGCAGGUUGAUUCUUUGGGAGCUAAUCCUGCACCCCGUGUUUCAGACAUGUACAGGUCGUCAAGUGGCUACCACAGCCUCCCAUCUUCAACCCGUCACAUCGCUUGUCGUCGACCCCACCUCCAACUUCAUUCUUUCGGGCUCCUCAGAUGCUAGUGUCCACGUCUGGUCCAUUCCCGGCAUCCUUUCAUUCUCUAAGCCCGCCCAAACUCAAGACCGACAGCCACCUAACUCUCCCAUCCGUACUUUCUCCAAUCAUCGUGCUGCUAUUACCUCGUUGGCUGUAGGACACAGCAAUGGCCGAAACAACAUUGCUGUCUCAACAGCAAAGGAUAACACCGCCAUUGUGUGGGAUUAUCAGACCGGACGUGUCCUUCGAACCUAUCUACUUCCAGUCUCGGCAACCUCUGUGACCUUGGACCCCGUAGACCGAGCUGGAUACGUCGGAUACGAAGAUGGAAGCGUGCAGUCAAUUGAGUUUUACCGUAGCAACUCGACACAGCAUGCUCUUCACGACUCAUCCUUACAAUCAACCCCAGCCCAAGUCUCCGCCGAGGACCGAUGGCUUCCUCCAUCUUCAGAAUCGGGCGCUGUGCACGCCCUCUCGCUUUCAUAUGAUGGCGCGACUCUGUUUUCCGCACACGAAAGCGGCAAGGUUCUAUCAUGGACUGUGGCUCGCCGCAAGUUCGCAACCACUGUUGCCGAUUAUACACACCCUGUAACCAACUUGGUCGUCCUGCAGCCAAGUGGACUUUCUACUUCCUCGCAGGAAUUGAACCGCACCACCCACACCGUUGUCAAGCCUAGACAUGAUGGUGCACUCUCCGACCCUGCUCAUGCACCUGGAGCCGUUCCCGCAGCUUACUCUUUCCACACUCAUUUGCUUGCCUCCUCGCGUCCUCAAUCUCGCCAACCAUCGCAAUUUUCCUCCGCCCUUGCUCAUGCAUCAUUUCCCAACUCCAUGAUUGAAGAGGGUCUUGCAGAGCUAGCUUCUUUCCGUCAGUCAGGAACCGACGGACCUCGUGUUGUAAUGACCACUCCUGCCGUCUCGGAUUCUAUGGUUGACGCAGGUCAAGAUGAGCGCGUCGCGGAGCUGGAAUCGGAAAUUGAUUUGCUGAAGAAGAAGGCUGCAGUCAGUGAUAAAACCCGCCAUACCUCUGCGGAGGAAGUUGUCCAGUUACGCUCCGAUCUUGCUCAACUGCAGGAUUACAUUAACCAGCUACAUGAGAAGCAAGAGACUGCGCAGCAAGAUAAAGUGCAGCGUCAGGCAAGGAAGGAGGCGCAGGAAACCAAAAGACGUGAGGCAUGGUUUGCUGCGGAGAAGAAAGGGCGCAAUGGCGAUGCAGUCAUGAGGAAAAUGGAGAUUGAUGAUGGCAUGUUGACCAGUGACUCCGAUGACCAAAGUGAUGAAUAA